UUGUAUUUAGAAAAAAGUAUUAUUGAAAACAUACAACAACAAAAAGGAUAGUUUUGCAGCAGGGUAUGUAUAGGAAAAAUGUAAUUUUACAAAAAUAUAUCCAACUAAAAUCCAACUAAUGGGAAGGCUUACCAACCCGGCACAGCAACGGGUCUGGUCUCUCAUUCCUUUCCUACCCAAGCGAUGGAACCUGCGUGGUAAAGCCAUUGGAUCUGAUCUAGGAAAUGGACUCUUCCAGUAUCUCUUUGACUUUGAAGACGACCUCCAAAUGGUAUUGGAAAACAGACCCUACCACUUUGACCACUGGAUGGUAAUUGUGGAAAAAUGGGAACCAAUCAUUUCUGCCUCAUUCCCCUCAAAGAUUCCCUUCUGGAUUGAGAUUAAGGGUCUCCCUAAACACUUCUGGAAACUAGAAAUGAUCCUGUCAAUCUGCGAGGAAGUGGGAGAUCUCCUGGAUCACGAAAUUACCGCAACAGUUAUUAAGAUGAAGGCUCUAAUAGAUGGACUCAAACCGCUGGUCAAGGAGACUAUAGUUGAAUUUAUGGAUGGGAGUGAAGCUUUGAUAACCUUGGAGUACAAAAGCCUGAAAAAACACUGCCUUCACUGCCACAGACUCUCUCAUGAGAAGAAAGACUGCCCUGGAAUACAGGAACCAACCCCUGUACAAAAAGCUCCCCCGUCUACUUCACACCACCAAUCCAAAGCAUCAAAUGCCAGAUCCCACUCGUACAGAGAGGUGCACUCUGAACACAAAUCUCCCCAAGGCAACACAAAACUGGACUAUCAAAGAGCACGUACUAACACCCUGUCAGAGAAACAUCACGGGGAGGGGAGACACCACAGUUCUCAAUCCUACUCUGCUCCCAGAACCGCACAUCAAAGGCCAUAUAGCCGAAGAUACUCACCUGAAAGAAGUAGAGACCCUAAUCACCGUGAUUGGAACAGAAAUCAUCAAAGAACCCUCAGAGGAAAAUACCCCCCUACCUUGCAAUGGAGAGAAAAAUACGCCCCGGAAGGCAACCCAUCUGUAAACCUCGUUGAAGCUUCUGACUCUUCAAGACCCAGGCGCCCUCCUCUUGAAAGGAACCUACAGGCAGAGUUUACUCCACCCCCUCCUGCGCCUGUGAUUCCUACCAGAGAGUCAAUUAUGGAAGACCUACAGGAGGUGACAAUCCAAUACACCAGCUGUGCGGACCCUACUGAACAAGCAGCCAGAAAAUACAGAGUGAUACAAGGUGAAACCAGAGGCUUAAUGAGCGAGACAGCAGACCAAAUCCUUGCAGCCUCUACUGCUCUAAAUACACAGAUUCUGGAGAACGAAGUUGAGGAGGAUCAAGAUCUCCCAAUCCACCCUGCUAUGGCCCAAGGAAACCCCUCCCCAGCAACAAGGAAGAAAAGAGGACGCCCCCCUCUAGCAAAAACAAGCACCAAAAACCCUCCCCACCUUAUGGGAGCCAAAACUAGCAAAAGAAACAAAAUUCUUGGACAAGGAUCCCCAAAGCGAAAGAACACACCAGAAAAGACUACCAACCCGCAGGGACCCCCUACUGGAUCCAGAAACUCAAAAGCUCAACAAAAGUUAACAUUGCAGGAUGAUGACACUCGCCCAUCUACAAGCAGAGCAAUACCAAAGUCAGUCAUUAUCCCAGCCAUCACAAAGAACAGGAAGGAUUUUCAGCCUUCCCCCCCUCCUCUUCCUUAA